AUGAGUAUAUCAAUAACAACAGAAGCAUUAGGUAAAAUACAUUUACACUCAUUCAAGUAUCCAUCAUCAUCGGUAAACGGAAUUUUAAUUGGAAAAGCAGAUAAAAAUUCAAUUUUGGUUAAAGAUUGCAUCCCAUUAUUUCAUACACAAACCUUAUUACCAAUGUUUGAAGUUGCAAUGAUUCAAAUUGAAAAAUAUUGUAGAGAUAAUAAUAUCGAUAUGGUAGGAUUUUACCAUUCUAAUCAAAGUUUAUCAAUAGAUUUAGAACCAGAACCAAUCUCAAAAAAGAUCUCAGAAAGGUUAUAUAACGAAUUAAAUAAUAUGUGUUCUUUAAUGGUAACUAAAAUAGAUGAUACAUGCACUAGUGGUUUGGUUUUAUUAGAAAGAGCAGGUUCAGAUAAUUGGGUAAAAAAUAGAAAAGCAUUAAUACAAUAG